AUGGCCGGAUCAUUCAUGAUCUGUCCGCUCCAAGCGGCCAUUCGGCCAAAGAUUACACGGACUCCACGUUAUCUCCAGAUGCCACCUGGGAUCCCAUUCUGUCGAUUGCGGUCCGGAUCCGAGACCUUCGUCGCCGGUUCCCGGGGUGUACUAUUUACGCCAUGGUCGCGGAUAUCGCGGACGACUUUCAUCACGUCCCAGUUCACCCUCGCCAUGCGUCCGCGUUUGGGGGCAAAUUACCGCUCUCCAACCAUGGCAUUGUCUCCGGCAUGGCCGUCUUUGGCUGGACUGCGUCACCAGGGUUCUUCGCCGUUUUCGGGAAGGCGGUUCGACAUUAUCAACGCACAGGGUCAUCCAUCGUGCUGGGUUAUAGAACCUUUCUGGAUCUUCCAGUGGGUUGACGAUAUUGUUCUCGUUGAGGUAGACAUUGGGGACCGCCUUCAGAAGGCCGAGAAGCGUCUCAGAGACGGUGUGAAACUCGUGUUUGGAUCUGAUGGCUGGCAUGAGGGCAAGUUCACAACGUGGUCACGUGUCUUUCAUGCCGUAGGCACUGACUGGAACAUUCCCGGUGAAUCAAUCCCGGUGCCUCAAAGGAAGAUCGAGAAAAUGCACAGGGUGGUCUCGAAGACGAAGGCGAAGAAAUUCUUGUCACGGAAACAACUAGAUAGUGGUGAGGGUGCUGAGGCAUAUUAUCAGCUUCAUCUCGGUCACAAAGCCGUUUAUACAAAGGUUGGUGGCUGUUCAGACAAGCUGUCGCAGCAGUCACAAAUCGGGCGUGGCGAUGUCAGACUUCCUUCAGAAGGAUCUGGAGUGGUGGGAAGACCUGGUCCUCCAAAACAACUUGAGUAG